AUGUGGCUUUCAGCAGCACUUGCUACCAUCUUCUUUUACCUUGCUUCUGCACAAAAUGCAUUUUCCGGGGCAGUUGGUUUCGGAGCAAUCGCAACUGGAGGUAACAGUGGCACGACUGUCUAUGUCACAAACCUCAACGACUCAGGCACAGGCUCGUUUCGUGAUGCAGUAAGCGAGUCAAACCGUAAUAUAGAAUUUCAGGUCAGCGGCUAUAUCGAAUUGUCAUCGGCAAUUUCUUUGUCGAGUGAUAUAACUAUCAAUGGUCAGACAGCGCCAGGCAGUGGCAUCGGGAUCAUGGGAGGCGAAGUGUCGGCAUCUGGGAAGACCAAUAUCAUCAUUCGCAAUUUCCGGAUGAGACAGGGGACUCUUGACUCGGAUACUGGAAAGAGUGCAUUCAACAUGGGCGAUGCAUCCAACAUCAUCCUAGAUCAUUGCUCUGUGGAGUACGGUCAGUGGGAUUCCGUCGAUGCUGUCGGUGCCGUGAAUAUUACUGUCUCAAACUCCAUUAUAGCGUUACCUAUCGGCCAACAGUUCGGAGCUCAUGUUGAGACCGGACCGGCCACGUUCUAUGGCAAUCUCUGGGUGAGCGCACACAAUCGGCAACCUCUUGCCAAGAGCAACACGCAGUACAUCAACAAUGUCAUAUACAAUUAUCAAGCAGCGUACACAGUUGCUGAUACCAGCGGAGACUUUUACCAUGACAUUAUCAACAAUUACUUUAUUGUCGGGCCUAGUACCACAAGUUCCCACAAUGCGUUUUAUCAGAUCAAUUCUGGACAGACGGUCUACGCCACUGGAAACUAUCUUGACACUAACAAGGAUGGCGUCUUAAACGGAGCAUCCUACAACACGGUGGGAAGUGCAACUGUAGCCAGUACUCCGUUUGCAGAUACGUCGCUCAGUAUGGCCAGCCUCACUGCCGCUCAAGCAUAUACUUCUGUUUUGGAGAGUGCCGGUGCCAAACCUCGAGAUGAAGUAGAUACGUAUGUCGUUUCUCUUGUGCAAAGUCUCGGGACAGAGGGAAAGAUUAUUACCAACCAGGAUGACACAGGUCUAUCAAAUGGAGGUUACGGAACAUUGUAA